CUCGUGGAAUGUGUAUUGGGUUAAUCGAUAAGGGCUGGAUCGCAGGUGCCACAUUCCUGGUCAGGGCAAGAUAGCCAGUAUCAUGAUAUACUGUAGUCUCCCGGGGGAAUCCUUGGCAUGCGAUCAGCGGAGACAGCAGCUGUGGCUGGGUGAGACAUCCAGGUCGAUCGUUAUACUCUUCCGUGUUGACAGCGAAAGUCCGAAGUUGCCGAUCCGCCAUCGACCCAUCCAGCCCUGGGGUUUCCAACUUCCGAUGCUUCGAACUCUUUCCCCGCCAACCACCGCAGGAAUGGAAGAAUGGAAUGAAUCGAUGCUGCUUGCGGGCACUCUCUAGUCUUGACAGCCUCGCAAUCCGCAUUCAUCCUUCCAUCCGCCCUUCAGCAGUCUUUCAGCCCCUACCUAUAGUCAGUCCCACCAAUCCAACGAUCGGCUUCGACGGAUCCAGAUCCCAGACAUACUCCCGACGAUCAGAUCUCAGAGUUACCCCACAAUGUCCGACUCCAACCCCACCAAAGACUCGAACUCCCCGCGCCUUGCUCAGGGCCUGCAAACCCGCCGCGAGGUACUGGGCGACGACCAUGUCGACCGUGCCCUGAGCACCAACAGCAGCGCCUUCACGCGGCCCAUGCAGGAAUUCAUCACCGAGUGGGCGUGGGGUGAAGUGUGGAAUCGUUCCGGGUUGGAUCGCAAGCAGCGCAGCUUGAUGAAUAUCGGGAUGUUGAUUGCCCUGAACCGUAUGCCUGAGCUGGCGGUGCAUAUUCGUGGCGCUUUACGGAAUGGUCUUUCGGAGUUGGAGAUCCGCGAAGCCAUCCUGCAUGCCACCGUAUACUGUGGUGCGCCGGCGGGGAUGGAGGCGAUGCGCACGGCCGAUCGGGUUCUGAAUGAGAUGGCGGAGAAGGGGGAGUAUCAGAGGAAGCUAUAG